CACGUCGUCGACUCUUCUGCGCCAGCCUCGGAGGCCUCGGCGGCGUCAACUCCCGCCUCUGCGUCGGCAAGCGGGGCGCUUCGACGGCCCCAGGCUUCGGCUGCAGUUCCUGUAGCUUCAGCGCCAGGGUCUGGUGCUGGUAGCAGCGCCGGAGCUGCUCCGUCACCAACUCCCGUCUCUGCAGGAGCACGCGGGCACUCGCAACGACGCUUCGCAAACUUCGCUCAGCUGAUGGUCGGCUUGGUGCGUCACCCUCCGCUUCGUGUCGACUACGAGCUGGACCAGAGGUUCGAGCGCGCUCAAUCCCUCGGCGAGGUAGUCGAGGCUCUCAAUCCUGACCCUUGCGGGCUGCUUAUGGGCUGGGACGAAGAGAUGCGCAAGCUUCGGCUCGAGGUUCAGUACUUCGAAAGGCGCGCUCAACACUUCGAGUUGCUGCUCAAUCAGGAGACGGAUCUCAAGAAUCAGGCUCAGAUCCUGUGUACUCGAGCCUCGUUCGAGCGCAACGAGCUCUUCGAGGUUGUCAAGUCGCUUCGCCACGAGCGCGACGCAGUUUGGCGCCAGCUGAGGAAGCACAACACUGCCAUGGCUACGAACGACGAAACGAUCGCUCUGCUGAGGUCACAGUGUGAGCGCUACGAGGCUUCGCUCAAGGCUUCGGACUCGUUUCUGGUGAAGGAUCGUGAGCUCUUUAAGUCGGGUCUCCAAGAGUAUAACCGCAACAUGCGGCAACUCCGAAGCCUGCUCGUCAACCAAGCGCGUAGC